AUGUCUACCCAGCAGCUUACUGUUCCAAACUUCUUCGUCCAAGUGCUAUCAGAGGCAUACAUUCGACUGCGGGUCGGUGAUUGGUUGGUGCUUCUUUUUAUCACAGCAGCCUUCGGAUUUUACCUUGGAGAUGGAAAGCUGUGGUUCAUACCAGAUCCUCAUACAUAUAUCAUGUAUGUUGCGCCGCAGAAGUCAGGUGAACUUAGGAUUCCACUAAAGCGGACCCGUGACAUCGGGCAGAGGUUGCAAGAAAAGGAAACGGAUAUUGCUAUCUUCUGGGCCUCACAAUCAGGAGUCUCGGAACAGUUUGCUGAGAGAUUAUCUCGAGACUGGCGGUCUCGCUUGGCUCUCAAAUCCCUGACCUCGGAUUUGGGUGACUAUGAGCCUGAGUACCUGGCGACGUUUCCCAGGGACAAGCUUGCCGUCUUUCUGAUGUCUACGUACGGGGAAGGAGACCCGCCGGACAAUGCAAUCAGUUUCUGCAGUGGGCUCGAGAAAAUGCACAAGAAUGGAACCAGGCUAGAAAGUCUUCGAUAUUGCGCCAUGGGAAUGGGAAACAAGAACUACAAGCACUACAACCAGGUGAUCAAAGUCCUGGAUAACACUCUGAGGAAUCUUGGAGCUCAUCGGAUUGGCCCGGUCGGACUCGCAGAUGAGAGCCUUGGGGCAACAGAGGAUAAUUUCAUGGAAUGGAAAGAUGAAAUUCUGGAGAGCCUGGGCGGCAUAUUCACACUGCAUGAACGUCAGGUCACCUACGAACCCAGUAUCAGUAUAACGCAUACCAGCGUUGAUCCCAGCCUCAUUUACCUAGGGGAGCCAAACGAGAACGAGCUCCAUGGCAUCAAGGAUAAAUUGACCUACAAUUCUCAGAAUCUUUAUUCUGCGCCUAUUUCACAAAGCAUAAAGCUAUCCAGCGUGACUGACCGCGUCUGUGUCCACCAGGAAUUUGACCUCUCUGCGGUCCCCGCGUUGCGCUAUCAGACAGGAGACCAUCUUGCAGUGUGGCCUAUCAAUCCUGACCGCGAGGUAAAUCGUCUUUUGCGCGUCUUGGAUCUUGAUGAUGAACAGCAACGCCAGCAACCGAUCAUGCUAGCUGUCCUCGAAGGGUCGGCGUUAAAGUGUGGUCUCCCUUCACCGACCACGCGAGAAGCAUUGCUCAAAUACUAUCUCGAAAUCGGUGCUUUGGUCUCGCGCGAUUUUCUUCUUAUUCUCUCAGAGUAUGCGCCAACCAGCGUCGCGAAAGCGGCUCUAUUGCGCCUGGGCAACUCCAAAGUCGCUUUCCGCAGGGAAGUUGCUGCUCAUUUUCUCUCUGCAGGUAAGAUUAUGGAAAUGGUCGAGCCGAAUACGAAAUGGACCGGGGUUCCUUUCUCUCUUUUGGUGGAGAGCUUCAACCGUAUCCAGCCGCGCAAAUACUCCAUAUCCAGCUCGCCACUAAAACAGCCACGACGACCGUCAAUAACUCUGGUCAUUAAUAGGCAACAUAUACCGACCCUGCCAUCAAGUGAAGACAAUAUGUUCUUUGGCCUCUCCAGUAACUACCUUCUGGCUCACCAUUACAAAUGUAGCGGGGCUGGCUCGCUAGGUGACUCACUAGAAGGCCCGCCAUACGAUCUCCAAGGACCACGACAGAAACUGGACGGUGGAAAGGUUUAUGUUCAGGUUAAACGUUCGACUUUCAAGUUACCUCCCAAUCUGGCAACUCCAGUCAUCAUGGUAGCGGCCGGCACCGGUGUCGCUCCCUUUCGUGGCUUUAUGCAGGAACGCAGUCGCCUUGCUGAGUUGGGGAAGCCGGUGGGUAAAAUGAUUCUCUUCUUUGGUUGCCGUAACGGUACAACAGACUAUCUCUAUCGAGAAGAGUGGCAGGAUUACGAAGCCCGUUUGGGGGACAGGUUCAGGAUAGUGCCUGCGUUCUCGCGUGUACAGGGUCAACGAAAGUGUUACGUUCAAGACGUGCUUUUCGAGCAGAAGGACAUCAUUCUUCCUCUAAUUCUUGAUCAGAGUGCAGCGUUCUACAUUUGCGGCUCAGCGGUGAUGGCAAAAGAAGUCAGAUCACGGUUACUAGAGAUAAUAGCCAGGGCCAACAGACAAAGCCUAGAGGAGGCUGAUAAAAUCAUAAUGGGAAAGAUGAAAAAGGCUGGACUUUACCAUGAGGAUGUGUGGAGCUAA